AGAGGAAGAAAAUCUAGCGAGAAGAUCUCUGGUCGUCAAAUUGAAGGUUCUUCUUCUUCCUCUCUAUCUCUACUAGGGUUUCCGGGAGAAGUCAUGGCUAGAACCGAAGUCUCAGGGAAAGAUAGGUUAAGCGAUUUACCGUGUCAUUUGCUAUGUCGCAUCCUCUCUAAUCUCUCUACCAAGGAAUCGGUUCGUACUAGCGUUUUGUCCCCUCGUUGGAGUAAUCUCUGGUCGCUUGUUUCUGUUUUGGAUUUGGAUUUCCAAGAUUUUAAAGGUGAACACGACAUGGGAGAAUUCAUAGAUAGCUUUAUGGAAUAUCACGAAGAGUUAGGCUUGAAGUUGAAGAGCUUCAAUAUGUUUUAUGAUGCUAAUGAGCACUUGCAUGAGCCAUUUGUGAGGAGGCUAAAUAAAGUGGUUAGGCGUGGAGUUUGUGAUCUGAAUAUUCAGAAUAUGGUGGAUGUUGAUGUAGCAUUAGUUAGGAUGCCUCCCUCGCUUUAUUCAUGUGCUACUUUAGUGAAUUUGAUUCUCUACUGUGUUGUCUUUGAUCAUCCAAGAUCAAAAUCGGUUUCUUUACCUAGUGUGAAGAAAAUGUAUUUUGAGGGGGUCAAGUUUGAUGGUGAUUCUGUUCUGGAGACUCUCAUAUCGCAUAGUCCGGUUCUUGAGGAGUUAACCGUGAUUCCGCAUCCGGAGGAUUAUUUGGAAGUCAUAUGUGUUCGUUCUCAAUCACUGGAGAGCUUUAGACUUGAGUCUAAGCGUUUUGAGUGUGACAAUCCCAAAGUUGAAAUCGAUUCUCCAAGCCUUGAGUUUAUGAGUAUCUGUGAUAAGAAACCUGAAAGCCUUAAAAUACAUAGAAUUGGUCCUUUUGCGGAGGUAACCGUUGAUGUUGAGUUUGAUGUUGAGGAUGAUGAUCCAUUGGAGAUAUCUAAGAUACGUAAGUUUCUCGUCGGGUUAUCCACAUUUCACGAACUGACCAUCUCUGCUCGAACUCUAGAGUCCAUCCAUGACUACUCCAAGGUGGGACCAUUGCCUCCAUUCUCUAACUUGUUUGGCUUGGAUGCUUCGUUAGUCGAAUCUUCUUGGGAAGUUUUACCAGCCUUUCUUAGUUGCUGCAUGAAUCUAGAUUCGCUCGUCAUAGAACUUGACUGUGUUCCAGAGAUGGAGGAGAUUAAACUCUCACCAGUGCCUCAAUGUGUCUUAUCCUCUCUCGACUUUCUUCAGUUGAAGGCACCAUCGACACCAAGUAAAAUGAAACUUGCGACAUAUUUUAGGAAGAAGUGUACACGCUUGACGAAAAUGCUUUUAAGUGGGCAGUAACAUCAUCAAGAAAAUGAAAAGGAUUCCAAAGAUAUGCUGAAAGGUGUCAAGUUGUUAUGUGUAUAAUGUCGUCUCUCCUAAAUCAAGUUUACCUAUCAACAGUUAAUUAUCAAAUAAUCUAUUGUAAGACUUUUUAGAUUUUCUUGUUAGACAUGGCUUUAUGUUUUCUAGUUUUUUUUUAUGGAUGUUCUUUAGUAAAUUUCUAUCUCUUAAAACAAAAUUGAAAUUCUAUGUUGCAACUAUAUGUAGGAUUGAUUAUAA